AGCGAAAAUGUGGAAGAAUGCACAAUAUAACUGGCACCAAAACCGUAAGGAAGCAUUCGCCUUAGCUGGGGCCUAUCUAUUCCUCAACUCCGUUGUUGCGUAUGUUUCGCCUUUGACGGUGCGGUUCUGGUCCGACUCCCAUACAGCCAUUUCGUGGGUCACUGGUGGGAGUAAGCUUACAUGUGAGUCGAUAGAGAGAGUGGCGAUCUCACGGCUGAUUGAUGCGAUGGCUGAUCUUCGCGAGAGCUGGCAUCGUCGUUACGGUCUAGUCCCCGUGACCUAUCAUCUCGCCGGUAAGAAGAACUCCUCAGCUGACGAGUUGAGUAGGCUCUCGGCGCUAUGGAAGGUGCCAACGACCCUGCUGCAGCGCGACUCGAUGAGGCAGGAGGAUAGCAUUCAGCAGGGGGGCAGACCUCCUAUCGACAAGCCUUCUGCCAUCGAUUAUGAGCAUGCCGAACCAGUUCUUACCUGUGCUUCUUACGAUGAUCAACUCUUUGCUUUGAGCGCCACAGAUGUGUUGGCCCCGCCUGAUCGUUAUGCCAUGUCCGUCGGUCGUCCCGCAAGAACCGAGCUGUUGAAGCUGCAGUGGGGAUCGCCUUGCCUGCGCGCUAUUUUAUCAGCCCUUGGAUCCCGUGCACCGGUCGACUGUGAUGCUGCCAGAGCAGUCGAUCUUCCACGCGACCUUGCUAAGGAGCUGAAGGAGUUCUCGAUUGCGGAGGAUGGUUUACUUAUGAAGCGUAUCUCCACAACUCGUGUUCACAAUUCUAGAGGAUCUCGACUGUGCUACGCUGUGCCUAUGAAUUCGGAUGAUGGCAAAGUAUAUGCGCAGAAUCUUGUCUCAUCCUACCAUUCUACCUCCGGAUGUCUGGGUCAAAGGCAUUUGCGCUGGUUGGUUAGCCGUACCUUCUACCUGCCCGGUUUGAGAUCAUUGAUCGCUUCGGUAUGUCGUACCUGUCCUGAUUGUCAGUUCGGGUCUAACCGUCGUUAUUAUUCUUUGCUGGAUUCUGGUAGGACCCUAACUAUGGGAGUAUCUGCUCCGUGGCAGACGGUAUCGGUGGACAUCGCUGACAUGGUGAUGGAUCGAACCAAUAAGUUCUCCUGCGCAUUAUUCUUGAUUGAUCAUUACAGUAGCUACUGUUUGGUGCGUCCAUUGCCAGAUAUGAAGGCUCCUACUGUUAGUCGCACGGUGGAGUCUUACAUCAUGAUGUUCGGGAGCAUGCUAACACUUCGCAGUGAUGCAGGUCCCUGUUUCAGGGGACGCCCUUUUGUUGCCAUGCUCAAGAAAUAUGGUAUACGCCAUAAGAUGACUGGACCUUUUGCCCCAUUCUCUAAUGGAGCGGUCGAGCGGGCCAUAUCCUCCAUCAAGUUUAUCUCUCGUUCGUUGAAGAAUAAACGUAAUUGGCCCCAAUUUUUGCCUCGCGUGCUCUUCCGCCUUAACGCCAAGGCACUGAAUCACGUCGAGUUAUCUCCCUUCGACAUUUUCUUCGGUCGGAGUCUCCGUCUGCCGUUGGAAGUGGCUCUAGAGAACACUGGGGUGGCUGCUGAGGCUCAUGCUACUCCUGAAUCUGAGGAAGCCAGGAAGGAGACCCGUGACGAGAUCGAUCAUCUGGUAUGCGCAGCCUUGCGUAUUCGUGAUGAUGAGGUCAGCACUGCUCGCGGCCACCUGCGCAGAGGCCCUCCAGCGGUUGGUUCUACUGUACUUAUUUACGAGCCCGGGGUCGCUGGUAAGGGAGGGACCUAUGAUCGCCAACCUUAUGUCGUUAAUGAUAUUCUUGAUGGCACAACCUUGAAACUAUCCAAGGUUGGUGAACCAUCUUCCACCAAAACUAGUCAUUAUUUGAAUGUCCGUCC